GUAGCAUGUACCACAGUACAAGUCAUUUACUUUGACCAGCCAAAUUUAUGUAUUACUAGUACUAGUAUAAAUUUAAAGUAUGAUCCAAUGUUUUUAUUCUUCUCUUCUUCCCAAGUCUUUAAUCUACAUAAGCUUUUCAAAAAGUACUCUUCACUUUGUCUCUCCUCCUCUCUACUUUCUUUUUAUUUUGUAUGGGCAUGAGUGAUACCAUGCCAAACCCCACCAAUUGGGUACAAUUCUACCAACAAGGCCAACCUCAAGGAUCGCCACAGACCACUAUGUUCUCUGACGGACGUGUCUCUGAUGCCACGGUUGUCACCACCACUGCCACCUCCAUAAUCAGUACUCCAGAUCAUCACCACGGACCAUCUGAUGGCCGUGUUUCCAAGCCUAUAAGACGACGAUCUAGGGCUUCACGACGAACACCAACCACCGUGUUGAACACUGACACGGCUAAUUUCCGUGCUAUGGUUCAGCAGUUCACUGGUGGCCCUAUUGCAUCACAAGGGACCUACUUAGGUUUCGGUUCCAAUAAUAUUCAUCAUCAGCAAAUUGUGAACUCAGUUACUACUGCAAAUUCGGGUGCUUACAAUAAUAAUAAUAUUCAGUUUCAGCAAACACUGCCACAAAAUCAAUUGCCUUAUAUGUUCAGCUCAUUGGGUACUAGUAGUCGUCCUCCAUCAGUUGUUCAAGGUCGUGCUGAUAAUUUUAUCCAUAGGGCUACUACGUUGGUAUCUCCUAGUGAGAGUGGAUCUUCACCUUCUAAUGAGAACAAGUCUGAAAAUAACUUCAUGUUCUGAUUAAUUAAUCUGAUCACACAGAUUAAUUUUCAUCUGUUUAUUUUUGGCAACUUUCAACUUCGGCGGCUUGGGUCACUUAUAAUUUUAUGCGACUUUGUGAUUCCGUCGCUUUCUUGUUUUUUUGUUCUAAUUUUUCACUUAGUGAUGAACACUUGUGUACAUAACUCCUGACAAAGAGCAAGAUCCUCGCUGCUUCCUUUGAUUUUACUUUUACAUAGUAUACUAUUUAAAUCUGUUUACAUGUAUUUCCUUGUCUUUGAUAUGUAAUUUUUUUUUGAUUUCUUUAUUUAUUUCCUUUCGACGAAAUACUGUUAUUUGGAGUAAUAGAGGUUUUAUAUAUAGUCAUUUCAAAGGGAA